ACCGUGGCUCCCAACGGGAGGAACAGCCGGGCUGCGAGGGCUGCUGCGAAAUUCUGAACUCAGCGUUUAGGGUUCUGAUUGGGGACAAAAAUCAAAAAUCCAAAAGGUCUCGGCAAUGGAAAGUGCAUUCGCGAGCGCUUCGGUGAUCUCGGACCAAAGGCAAAAGAUCGAACAGUACAAGCACAUACUUUCCUCCGUGCUUUCAUCCAACGACAUAGUUCAAGCAAAGAAGUUCAUUGAUCACAUGUUAUCCGACGAUGUCCCGUUGGUGGUGUCGCGGCAGCUUUUACAGACUUUUGCUCAAGAGUUAGGGAGAUUGGAGCCGGAAACCCAAAAGGAGAUUGCCCAUUAUACCCUCUCUCAGAUUCAGCCUCGCGUUGUUUCCUUCGAGGAACAGGUGCUAAUAAUUAGAGAAAAGCUUGCUGGUUUGUAUGAGUCGGAACAGCAGUGGUCAAAAGCAGCUCAGAUGCUUAGUGGAAUUGAUUUAGACUCCGGAAUGAGGGCAAUAGAUGAUACAUUCAGGUUGUCAAAAUGUGUGCAGAUUGCUCGCCUGUAUCUUGAGGAUGAUGAUGCUGCUAACGCUGAAGCUUUUAUAAAUAAAGCUUCAUUCUUAGUCAGCAACAGUCAUCAUGAAGUAUUGAAUUUACAGUACAAGGUUUGUUAUGCUAGGAUUUUGGAUUUAAAAAGGAAGUUCCUAGAAGCAGCACUACGAUAUUAUGACAUAUCUCAAAUUGAAAAGCGCCAGAUUGGGGAUGAAGAAAUUGACGAAGAUGCUCUGGAGCAAGCUCUAUCUGCUGCUGUGACAUGUACCAUUUUGGCUGCUGCUGGCCCUCAGCGUUCUCGUGUUCUUGCCACUCUGUACAAAGACGAACGAUGUUCAAAAUUGAAAAUCUAUCCUAUAUUGCAGAAGGUGUAUCUAGAGAGGAUUUUGAGAAAACCAGAAAUCGAUGCUUUUUCUGAAGAACUGAAACCACAUCAGAAAGCGCUUCUGCCUGACAAUUUUACCGUUCUGGAUCGUGCCAUGAUUGAGCAUAAUCUUUUGAGUGCAAGCACUUACACAAAUAUAAGUUUUGAUGAGUUGGGCACUUUGCUGGGUAUUGCUCCUCAAAAGGCUGAGAAGAUAGCGUCAAGAAUGAUUUACGAGGAUAGAAUGAGGGGUUCAAUUGAUCAGGUGGAAGCUGUGAUACAUUUUGAAGAUGACACUGAGGAGCUGCAACAAUGGGAUCAGCAGAUCGUUGGCUUGUGUCAGGCUCUCAAUGAUAUCCUAGAUGGAAUGGCAAAGAAGGGAUUACCAAUUCCUGUCUGAGUGACGCAUAGUUGGGUGUUCGUUUAGUCAAUGAAAAGUUAACUGUCCAGCCCCUUUCAGACUAUUUGUGCAAUUUUGUGUAAUGCUCGCAUCUCGCAAUAGUCAAUUGCAUGCAGAUUGUAUUUCUCUGUAUCCAAUUUUCAGAUUAGUUAUAUUUCUUUCAGUAACAAAGCUCUGGCAACUUGUCUAGGACCGAGUUUGAGCAGCAGCAGCGGACAUUAAUUCAA